AAUUAAUAUUCUCAGUUUGAAUGGGUGGUAGUAUUCCAGCAAGAAGAUUAGGAAGAUCAAUAAUGAGUAGCGUAAGUUAGAGUGAAGGUGAAACUGAAGUAAUUGAUUAGCCAACAUACAUUUAUCGAAAAUUGAAAAUGGAUGAGGAUUUUCCAAAUUGGGUUAAAGAAAUGUUUUAAAGACAUGGAGCUUAUAAUUCUCCUGAAAAAUUACCAUAAAAUUUUGAUUUGGAAGAGAUUGAAGACAAAUCAUAAGAUUACUUUUUUUUAGGGUUUAAUUUGAAUGAAUAGAAGCAUGGGUAUGGAGUGUUGAUGUAGGAUAAUAAAUUUUAUGAAGGAGGUUUCGAGUCUGACAAUAAAAAGGGAUGGGGCAGACAAUUAGAACCAAAUCUCUUGAUGGAAGGAAAGUGGGAAAACAAUUAGAUAGUAAGUGAUAAAAUAAUAAUUAAAGGGAAUUUUAAAUUUUUUGGGUAAUUUUCAGGUAAUACUCUGCAUGGCAGAGGGACAAUGAUAGAUUUAGAGAAAGAAGAAUAAUAUGAAGGUAAUUUUGAGCUUGGAAUUAUGAAUGGGAAAGGAACAAUAAAGAAUUUGAAAUACGAUGCUGUAUAUAAUGGAGAUAUUAGGAAUAACUAAAUGGAAGGCAAAGGCAUAUUUAGAUUCACAGAUGGGAUGGAAUACGAAGGAGAAUUUUUGCAAAAUUAAUUAAAUGGUAAAGGGUAUUUAGUAUAUCCUAAUGGAAUGUAUUACAAGGGUGAUUUUUUUCAAAAUAAGAUGCAUGGAAUGGGAAUUCUGAAGGAAGUUAAUCAAAUCUAUGAAGGAGAAUUUAGAAAUGGGUUAAAACAUGGAUAUGGUAAGAUGAGCGUUAAUAAUAUUGAAAUAGUGGGUAUUUGGGAUGAGGACAAAUUAUCAGAAGAAUUUGAAUGA